AAAACUUCAACUCUUAUCUUCAACCUUAAAAAGAAAAUAUUAAAUCAAAUAUAGGUGGGAAGAGAGAGAACCAAGGAAAGAAAAUACCCAACAGAAAAGAAUGCUGCAACUUCAACUCUUAUCUUCUCCUCCACUCACUCCCCAAACCUUAAACCUCAACUCCAUCUCCAACCCCAAGCUUUUCCCAUCUUUCUCUUCACUCAACUCCUCCCAAACCCGUUCCUUUAAAUUUAAUCCCCUCUCUAAACCCUCCAAGUUUUCUCUCAAAUGCCGCCAAUCUGAAUACUUCGAUCAGAAACAGAGGUUUAAUGACUCUUCUUCUUCUACUUCGCCAUCAUCCUUAGCAGGGUUGCCGGCUAGGUUUUAUGUAGGUCAUUCCAUUUACAAAGGGAAGGCUGCUCUGACUGUGGAGCCAAGGGCACCUGAGUUUGUGCCUUUAGAUUCUGGGGCAUUUAAAAUAUCCAGGGAAGGUUUUGUGCUGCUACAGUUUGCACCUGCAGCUGGUGUUAGACAAUAUGAUUGGAGUAGGAAGCAGGUGUUCUCAUUGUCUGUUACUGAAAUUGGAACUCUGAUUAGCCUUGGCAUGAGGGAAUCGUGUGAAUUUUUCCAUGAUCCUUUUAAAGGAAAAAGUGAUGAAGGAAAGGUUAGGAAGGUGUUGAAGGUAGAGCCACUCCCGGAUGGGUCUGGUCACUUUUUUAAUCUUGGUGUUCAAAACAAACUUCUAAACGUGGACGAAAAUGUUUAUAUCCCCAUUACACGGGGAGAGUUCACUGUCCUCAAAUCUGCAUUCAGCAUUGUUCAACAAAUACUACUUGCACAACAGCAUACAUAGGGUUGAUGAUUGAAAAUUUCAUUUUGCCAUAUCUUUUAGGUUGGCACGCCUUUGCCAAUUCAACCAAACCGGACGAUACAAGUCGUGCGAAUAAUGCCAAUCCUAGAUAUGGAGGAGACUACGAAUGGAGUAGGUAGUUCAAAAUUUUGUCAUAGGAUGAGGAGGUUUCUAAUUUUCGUUAUGCUUUCCAGAAUAUUCUGAAUUUUAGCUUAGAUAAAAUUAUCUCUGCCUUGUGUUUUGAAGCGAUGUAGAUUGCUCUCUUGGCUAUCCUAUCAUAUGGUAUUAUAAUCUGUCCGGACUCGAGAGUAAAUAUUGGAAACUGUGAUGUGAGCUGUAUCAAUUAGGUUUUCCAAUUUAGACAGAGUAUUCAUUGAUCA